UUGUGUUCGUUUUCGUUGUCCUGUCUGUUUCUAUUCGAACUAUUCGACGAAAGCAUCAAUUCAUCGUAACAGCGUUGAACUGGUUAGAUGUGCCUGAAUGUUCCGUGUUCGUGUUCAUAACUAGAUUUCCAGGAGCUGCUACGGUUACCAACUUUUUGUUUCAGAUCACAUGUGCGAUGGCUUGCGACUCUGAAGGAAAAUCUGUCUUUCGGCCGACUAGCUACCCGAGAAUGGAUUUCGACCCGAGUGUUCCAGCAUCGAUGCGGCGUAAAUGUAUGGUGAACAACCAGUUCCUAUCCGAUGUGACGUUCGACGUCGGUCCGUCGCAUCAAAAAAUAUUUGCCCAUAAGAUUCUACUAGUUACCGCGUCUGAGUAUUUCUACGGCAUGUUCUCUGGCAACUUCGCAGAGACUCGCCAAACGGAGGUCCGGCUAGAAUCCGUCGAUGCGCAGUUGUUCCUCACAAUUCUGCGCUACAUAUACUGUGGAACCGAUGCUAUCGUGCUCAAUGUUGCUAACCUGCGCGACAUCUAUUCUUAUUCUCAUCGCUUCAUGCUGAACGAAUUGAACAACGAGGUAUGCACGUUUUUGGAAAGGCGAGUCGAAAACGAGGGUCCGCUCCAAGUUCUCAUAGACAACCGAUUCUUUGACUUCCCAUCCAUUGACGACAACUGUUUGCAAAUAAUAUGCAAAAAUCCGCUAUACUUUUUCAACAUCGAAACAUUUCUUGAGAUCGAUAAGGUUUCGCUUGAUUUAAUCAUGUGCGCUCAGCAAAUCAACUGUACCGAUGACCAGCUGCUGGCGGCAUUUGACAUAUGGAACGGCCGUAAUCACUUCUCAGAGGAGGAAGCUAAGGAAAUGAAGGAAAAGAUCUUGAAUUGCAAGCGUUCGUACAAUUGUACCAAGCUGCAUCUUUUCGGCGGUAUGAUCUUUACCAUGGAAUCAGAAGAUGAAGCGCUCAGGUUCUACAUUCAGUCGGACAGCGACAUUGAAUUGUACGGCAUCGGCGUGCAUAUUAAGUCCAUCUCAAAGGUCGUGGAGAUACAUAUGACCAUCGAAGAUGACAUGGGGGCCGAAAUCACCUCCGAUAUGUUCGAGUAUGAGAACAAACUCACUAAUACGGUCGGCGUGGCCGAUCUGUUCUUCGAGAAGACCGUACUGUACACGCAUUGCGCUUACAAGAUUUCGCUUCGGACGAUGCCAUGUUGCGAGAUGUUAAUGCUUUUAGAUCCUUACGUAUGCCACGACUCAAUAAGGUUGAACUUCACACACUCGAAUGGCUCGAACCGUUACAUGCAGGGUUUGGCUUAUAUCUUCUGCGAAGAGUGUCCGCCAACCGUCCCUGGUUUAUAGAGGAGAAAACCAAAACAGUUGGCGUCGCCGAGUACCGAUACCCUUUCACGAUGUUCAUGGACUGUAGUACCGAAGACAUUUGCGCUAUGACAAUGAAUUUUUCGCUGGACUUUGACGAAGUCACCACGAUCCCCGGCCAUCAUCAUCGUAUACCAGGAAAUAGUAUUUUUUUAAUAAUAAAUCAAUGAGAGAUAUGGAGUCUGGCUGAUAGCAUGCUUCGGCAAACCUGUUGUAUCCGGAUGCUGG